AUGCAGCACAACACAUCCAUUAAUGAUUCUAAUGUUUCUGUUGAAGUAACUGUAACACCGAAAUAUUUGGUUCCUGUACCCAUGUACUAUACCAUAGCAACUGGACUUUUGUGUGUUGUUAUAAUUGGACCAUUUAUGAACAUCACCAGUAUAAUAGUUUUCGCUAAAAAUAAACAUCUGCAAUCUCCAACAAAUAUUUUUGUCAUUUCUCUUCUCGUGGGAGACGCGGGGAUGAGUUGUGGCGCGUUUAUAUCAAUGACAUCAAACUUUAAUCGUCAUUACUUUUGGGGAGACAAUGUAUGUACUUUUGAGGGAUUCUGGCUUUAUUUGAUGGGACUUACAAAUUUGUACACACACGCUGGAAUCGCCUACGAUAGGUACAUCAUGAUUGCCAAGCCUCUCCAGGCUAACAAGAUCACAGUUAGAGUGGCCGUGGUUGUAGUGCUCCUGAUUUGGUUUCAAGGCUUCUGUUGGGCGUCUUUUCCCCAUUUUGGAUGGGGGAAGUACACGUAUGAGCCUGCGCGAACAUCUUGUGCCGUAGAAUGGGACUCGAGAGAGUUUGGUUCGGCUAGUUACAACAUUGCUAUUACGAUAUGGAGCUUAAUUAUACCAUUGGCUGUUAUCUUUUUCUCUUACUACAGAGUUAUGAUGACGAUAAGACACAUCGCCAGGAAUAGCAUAUGGGACAUGAAUAGCAGGGUUGCUCGAAAAAAUCUCAUGACCGAGAAGAAAAUGUUCCGCACAAUAGUAUUAAUGUUAGCAUCGUAUAUUUGGUCCUGGACUCCUUACACUGUAGUCAGUGUGUGGGCUAUUAUUGGAUAUUCCGAGGACAUACCCAUCUACAUUAUGACUAUCCCAGCUAUCGUAGCCAAGUCCUCUUCUAUCUGGGAUCCUCUUAUCUACCUCUGGACCAACAAACAGUUCCGGAUGUCCUUCUACCACACUAUACCGUGUACAGGGCUAGGGAAAACAAUGAUAGAACGAGAGGAGAAGAGAAACAAACAGUCAGAAAACUCAGAACCGGAUGAACCGGAAGUGCGUCAAAAAGAGGAGCCGCCGAAGCCAAAGCAGACGGAAGUGGUGCCGAUUAACAACGCUCCCUCUGAGAAUGGUCAGCAAACAGAGAUUUGUGAAAAUAUUCAAGUCCCUGUCUCUAACAUACCCGAACCAGGCGCCUCGCAACCGACUGAUGCUACGUGACAUUAUCAACAUAAAAUGGGCGAUACACGUAGAUCUCUUCCCAAUAAGCAGAAAAUUAAUAAUUUCAUUAAUUGUACAAACAGCCCUUUGUUCUUUAAUUUAAACAAUAAAAUGCUUUCUUUGGUUAUUAGUACGCGUACGGGAAUUAAUGUUGCAACUGUUGCCUAAAAAAUGAUAACAAGCUCGAGCUGUCUGUAACGUAAAUUCCAGUACUUACG